AUGGCCACUCUCUAUGCUCGCUCGGCGCCUUUGUCAGCGGAAGCAGCGAGGUUGCUUCAGGAGCAAGUCAAGAUGAAGGCCUCUGCCUUGGAGGAGAAGGACCAGCUGCUGAAAGAACAGGACGAGGAACUAGACGCUGUGAAGGCUCGGCUGAACGAACAGGAGGCCUCUCUUCGCCACUCUCAAGCCCCUGCUGAGGAUGAGUCGAAAGAGGAGAAGGCUCUUUUAACCCGGGCAGACUUGAUUCAAUAUAUCAGAGUCUUGGGGAGCGACUGUGUGGCAACUGCCGAGGAUACCUAUCACUCCACUGUGGCCCAGCUCAAAUUGAAGAAUCCGGGGGUGGAAUUGGUGAUCGAAGGUACUGGGCCUUACCAUCGUGUGGAGGGCGACCAAAUAGUUUCUCCGGCCUUCGAGGAGGAGCCCGUGACGCAGGAAGCUGAGGAGGUCCAAGUCGAGGAAGGUGUUUGA